AUGAAUGGUAUCUUCGUGCUCGUCGCUUUCUUGGAGCUCCUCCUAACUUUGGAGGCUUUCAAGCACAGCUUGAGACCCACCGAGUCUCAAAAGAAGUCAACUCAGCUACAGGCUGGGUCUCGGGUUGUUUCUCAGGCAGCACGGGGAGUAGCUAAAAACGCAACUUUCUCCCUAGCGACAGGAUUAGAUCUACAUCAUUCGUUUAUGGGCCUAUCCCCCCGGCAGCUAGAAUGCGAACCCGGAUUCUACCCGUGCCCGGAUGGCGAGUGUUGCGAGGAUGGCACCACAUGCGUUCUAGACGGAUGCUGUCCAGGUGCAGAGGAGCUCUGCGGUACUGGUUGCUACAAUCCAGAAACAGAGGUAUGCUGCGAGGAACAAGGCACAGCCUGCACUCUACCAGACAUCUGUGCUUCCAAUGGAGGCUGUUGCCCCGAGGGUACAGAACUAUGCGGAACAGAUGACUGUUACAAUCCUGAAACAGAGGUUUGCUGCGCCUCGGACAACUAUCACUGCAAUUCAGGAGAGAUAUGUAUAGGCAAUGAUCGCUGCUGCCCUGAAGGCCAGAAAGCUUGUGGAGAUGGGUGCUAUGACCCCGAAACACAGGUUUGCUGCGCUGAUACAUCGACGUACUGUGAGGAAGGAUAUGUUUGCGUUGAAGACGGAUGCUGUCCGUCGGGGAUGGAGGAGUGCGGUACCAAUUGGUGCUUUAAUCCAGAAGAGGACGUGUGCUGCGCAGAAAACGAGAAUGAGGCAUGGGCCUGCAAGAAUUCCUACGAGUGCUGUAAUCUUUCCGCGGGUUGCUACCUCCCCGAGACCGAGAUCUGCUGUGAGGGGGGCGCCUGUCCCGUUGGAGAUACAUGUUGUGGGGAGGAGUGCUGCACUGAAUAUGCUACGUGUGGUGAAGACGGUUACUGCACCGCGACAGCGUCGUUUUCAAUGUCUGAAACCGUAUCCCAGACGCCAAUAUCGGAACCCACAGCCACAGAAACUGAGAUAACCUCUGAAACUGAGACCGAAAGCUUCAGCGAGACGAUCACCAAAUCUACCGUGACCAGAACAACUGAUAGUCAGACGACUACACAAAGCACAACUACUACGCGAAGCCUAUCGGUCACAACUGCGACUUCGACUACCUCAGCCAAUUCUACCUCCACCACAUCGACUGCGUCGGCAUGUUCCAUCUCACUCGGAAAACGUGCUACCCCCUUGCCGACAUUCACCAUUUCGUACGAAGAGAAGAUUACCGUUUUCCCCGUUACUUCUACUGUGUCUGGCCCGACUCCGUCAACAACCGUCACAUCAACAACAGUUUGUGUGGACAACAGAGAGAUAUUAGACAAUAUGUGUGAAGGAAUUCUCAACUAUACUGGGUGUGGCACCAACGAUAUGAUGCUCACAUACGCCCCUUCUCUGAAGAAAGACAAUCGAAAAGCAAAGUGCCCCAAGGGAUACUGCUCAAAAUAUAACGAGCCAUGUGGUAACCCGUCAGCUCAGAAUGAGAUCUGUAAUCCUUAUUACAAUCUCAUGAACCAAGCCAACGGUACUACCAAACAAGACUUUCUGAUGUCCUGUGAUGAGUUCCCUUUUGCCGCCUCGCAGCAGGGAGGGGACCCAAGCAAAGGAUCGACACGAUGUGUGCCGGGAUGGGAAAACUCUUCUCAGGGUCGUCAGCUUACCGGCCUCUACAGAUAUUUCAAAGGAAGUACGAAUAAAGACUAUAUUGUAGAGGUUACUGGCUUUGAUUGCCGGACACGCAAGCCAAAUAAUCCCACAAACUGCAAGUCCCCCGCAAAGAGAGAUGAUAUAGGUGGAGCAUCCAUAACACAAGACGACUUCAACUUCUUCACCAAUGUAAACGGAUCGGCAACCAAUGCUCUAAUGAUGAUAGUCGGUGAUAUAGACGCUGGAAUAUAUACCUACAAUUUGAAUAUACAUUCGGGCAACUUCCCGACUGCAAUGGCAGUUGACUCUGAAGGCUUCAUUCUCUACGAAGUCCCUGGCGGCCUGACGGCUAAAACUACGGAUCAAAUUGUGACUUUUCAGGUCGAUGACUUCGAGAUCAGCGUGUCGCUUUGGGCAUUCACAUCUGACACCGAAGUCUCCGUCUCUUACAACAUAUCUAGCGAACCACUACCGAGCGGAAACUCUACAACCUCUACAACCUCCACAACAGUUACGGUAGUUAAAACCGACACAACCACAGAGCCAUGCACGUCGAGUACGCCAGUGAGCACAACUACAUCCGCUAGCACCAUAGCUACUGUAGGAACGGCAUGCAGUGAAUGCGAAAGUUUUGCAUCUAGUGCAGGUGAAACGUCCACACCAGUUACAUCUAAGAGCAUGGCGCCAUCAUCAGUCAGCUCGGGUGAAGCUUCUACGUCGGCUACAAUCGAACCUACAGAACCGCCGUCCACUGGGCAAUCACCUAUAGAGUCUCCGACUACCGCGAUCUCCGGACAGCCGUCGGGUUCAAGCACAAUACCAAUGGUUACAAUCUCCAACACCGCGCCCCCGUCGAGUAGCAGCCCCACCGGUGUACCGGUAUUUACAGGUGCUGGAACCGACCUUCAGUUUGUAAAAUAUUUCUGGGCUGUUUCCAUCAUUGUUGCAUCGUUUAUGUUGAUUUUAUAA